UGAGCUGGGUCUUGACUAAACUCGAUACUUCUUAAGACUUUGGGGACGAGGGAGUGUCAGUGUACCUCAGAGGGAAAGCAGCUUACUUGUGAAGUUACUUCGAAGAAACUUACCUAAUACAGCUUCUAGGUCACUUUCUCUUCUGGCUGGGCCAAGUUUAAGUUUUAAUUCUGGACUUUGUUGUGUAAAUCUGUGUAAGCGCAGUUCUGCACGCUGACUCCUGAAAGUUAGACAGCAUGUCAGGCGACCUCAGGCCCAGGCUGUGUGUUUUGGAAAAGGGCAGCGAUGGCUACGGUUUCCAUCUUCAUGGGGAGAAGGGGAAGGCGGGUCAGUUUAUCCGGCUGGUGGAGCCCGGUUCUCCGGCUGAUAGCGCGGGUCUCCAGGCCGGGGACAGAGUGGCGUUCGUGAACGGGGAGAGCGUGGAGGGAGAGAGCCACCAACAGGUCGUCUCCCGUAUCCGAGCUGUGACCGGCAAGCUGGAGCUCGUCGUGGUGGACGACGAGACUCAGGAGCUGCUGGCGAAGCUCAACCUGAAGUGCCAAAAGGAGUUCGUCACUGAUGGUAUUCCUUCAGCGGACGGUGAGCCGGAGCCCUGCGCAGAGCUGGAGAACGGCACGCCGAGACAGGAGAGCCCCGCGCCGGACACGAACGGAGACUCUGCCGCCCACAGGCUGAGUGUCAGCUCCAAGGACUCGAAGAAUGAGCUUCGUCCCCGUCUCUGCCACAUGAAGAAGGGAGCCACAGGCUAUGGCUUCAACCUCCACAGCGAAAAGUCCAAACCGGGCCAGUAUAUCAGGGCAGUGGACGAGGACUCCCCUGCCGAGAAAUCUGGACUUCGACCCCAAGAUAAAGUGGUGCAGGUGAAUGGCGUGUCUGUGCAGAGCAUGCAGCACUCGGAGGUGGUGGCUGCAAUCAAGGCAGGAGGAGAUGAGCUCCGGCUGCUGGUGGUUGACCCCGACGCAGAUGCAUUCUUCAGCAGCUGCGGGGUUCUCCCCACUGAGGAACACCUCACAGGCCCACUGCCUGAACCUGCUGCCAGUGGAGAGAGUGCAGAGGUAGAGGUGAAGGAGGAGGAAGCUCAGGAAGCCAAACCCAAAAUAUCAGCGAGCCCUUCUACGUCCAGCACUUCCUCCACCGCGUCCAUCCCUGCUGCUACGGUCAGCAGUCCACCCCCUGAGGAGAAACCAGAGGAGAAGCGUUUGAGUGGAGAUGCCAGUUUGGAUCUGGAUCUGAACAUGUCCCUGCAGCAGGCUAAGGAGCGCGCUCACCAGAAACGCUCCAACAAGAGAGCGCCCCCUAUGGACUGGAGCAAGAGAAGUGAGCUGUUCAGCAACCUGUAAAGCAGAGACACCCCUCCCUCUCUGUUUUUCUUCUCAAUUAUCAUUUUUCUUUUUAUUUCAUUUAUUUAUAAAGUUCACAAACGUCUGUCAGGCUCAUGAGCCCAAUUCCUGAGAUUCUGUAAUCAAUCAUUAAAGCAAAAGGGCUAUAGGAAAAAAGGGAGAAACAAAACCUACAUUUACUGCUCUUAUGAGAGAGAAACUCUCUUUCACUGUACUUUCACUGUAAUGAAAUGAUUGUAGGACCUUCUUGUUUUUUUUUCCCUCAUCAUUCUGUCUCUUCCCUCAUUUGUUGUUGUUUAUCUCAUCCUACCCUUUCACACCACUCAGAUGAACAUUUCAAGCCAGUGUUAUUUUGCCACUUAUGAUUUUAUAUCAAACACGUUGGUGUGAUUUGCAUGUGUUUAUUCCAGCUUUACAUUUAUUGAUCACCUUAAUAGAAAUUAGCUCAUCAGAUUUAAUGUUACUAUAUUAUGUACAGUGUAGAGUUUAAUAAUUAAGUGGGGAACACAUUUUUUUCCUGAAUAUCUGUAUUCACUUGUUCAGAGACAAGUACUUGCCCUUGUGAGAUACUAAUAAUAUAAUAAGUCAAUAAUGCAGUAAAAUGUAUUGCGACACCACUGACCACUCAGUACACUGUACAGGCAUCUAUAGUAUCUAAAUUUGAAGACUUUGAUAGCAACUGUAACUCUUUAGAGGGCCAAAACGUCAUUACAAAGUGUGAUGGAAAAGAUACAUAAUAGAUCCUUAAUGAAAGCAUACAGAAAGGCUGUUUUUUUAAUAUCUGUAAAGCUGAGCCACUUUUUCAGAUUUAGUUUGUUGCUAUAAAGCAGGGGACAAUAUCCCUGACUAACAAGAACGAUGCUGGCUCUCUGUCUGUAAAAUCUUCCAACUGAAAGUAUUUGUAGAGGUACUUAUUUUUAAAUAACAUUUUGAUGAGAUUUGUGUAAAUUAGUCUGAAAAUCAGAUACACUGUUAUACAGUCACCCAAAGUUUAUUUAAUAUGUCAAAUAUGCUCUCUUAAUUAAUUAGCUUUGAUUUUUACUUUUAAGCACAAUGCUAUUGUUUCAAUAUUUAGUGUUUUGUAAUGUUUAAUUUGUGUUGGGUUGAAAAUCAUUUUAGGCUGUUGACAGCAAUUUUUUUAAAUGAACAUUCCUGAACAAAUGCCCACUUUUGUCAUCACUGUAUACUGUUUAGCUAUGUGACAAUUAAGUUGUGGUUGUUAUUACUGAUGAAUAUAUGAAGAUAAAUAAAAAUAGAUUUUCAUGUAUGUU